AUGGAUGCACAAUAUGUGCAUCAAAGGGACUUAACGACAAUUCUGACUGAGCUCGAAGAGAAUUUGAAGCGAAUAGCUUCAAAACAUCCGGAGAACUCAGAGCAAGAGCAUGCUGCAAAGCAAGAAAUCAACAAAUUAAUUACAAAUGCGGAUACAGACUUAAGAUUGAAAACACAAACAAUAGUCAGAUCGAGACUUGGCAUCUCAAAAACACUACCUGCUAAUGUUAUAGACACAGAUUACGUAUCAACGAUGCACGUUAUUAAAUCAAAUCGCCCAAUCGUUCCAGAUUUAAAGCCAGAAUUCAGGGCACCUCAAUUAGAACGAUCAUUCACAGCAUCUACUAAAAGAAAAAUAGAACCAAAACAAUCUCUUCCUGUUCUUCGACAAAUUCCAGCUUCAGCACCAACCAGACCGAAAACAUCUCUCGAAAGAGCGAAAAUAUCGAAAGUUAUACACAAACCAAAGCUUCCUAGGCCAGAUUUUAGAGAUCCUGCCGCUCCAUUGCCAAAAUUAGAAGAAGCUCAAAUUGCAGAGACAGGAUUCUUUGAACUCACAGAAAAAGGAUUACUCAGAGAAGGUGAUAUACAAGGGAAGCUCGAAGACUCAAUAAAAGUCGAUCCUUUUGUUUAUGACUUUAUGAAGAUACCAAUGGAGUUAAAACCAGCAUACAAACUAUCUCCAGAGGAAGCAUCAACUUUAGCAGAAGAACAAUCGAAGAAAAACGCUGAACAGAAUAAUUUAAUUCCUCCAGCAACAAAUCAACCAUAUCAACCUUCAAGACAGACAAUUAUAUUCAUUAAUGGAGAUCCUCUCGUUAAUUCCAUCGAAUAUACAGUAUUUAGACGUACUUACGCCAACAUUUGGGAACAAAUCGAGAUUAUCCUCCCAACGAUCAAGAGAUUCUGCGAGAAAUACGUAAUAACACGUGUGAAAGUCGAUUCUAAGCUAUUAUACGAGAUGUGUAAGCUUGAUCCUGAUGAUGUUUCCGAUGAAAGAAUGUGGGGAAUAUUUGUCGGCAUUGACGAAGACGAAGUCAAGAAGAAAAAGAAGUCACAGAAGUAUGGAUUCGGUUUUAUUGGUCCUGAUGCUGAGAAAAGAGCUGCUGUAUGUAUUCAAAGUAUAUGGAGAGGUUUUCAAUCGAGAAGAUUACUUAGAAACAUCAGAAGAAACAAUGCUGCUGCAAGAAUCAUCCAGAGAGCAUACAGAUCUUCUGUUAUUCGCAAGAAAUUUGUUUCAUUCCACGAAGCAGAGACAAGGAAGCGUGCUAAGAUGUAUGAAACACACCAAAACGAGUUAGGCGUAUACGAUAAUAACAGAAAGACCUUUGUUGUUCACUUGAUUGAGAGUGAUAAUCCAAUGAAUUUCGCAAGAUUAGCAGAUAUCAACGAAAACACGUCACUUGUUUUCUUCUUCUUCAAGCACCCGAUACAUACAACCAUUAGGCAGAAAUUCAGGGCUCUUGCAAAGGCUCCUGAUAUGCUAAAUUUUUGCUGGCCAAGUUUCAAGCGGUUAUCUCCCAAUUUUUCUGUAGAAGAUAUGAUUGCAUCGGAUCUGACGACCAUUCAAAAAAUCAAACAAGUUGCGGUAAAUACGUCUGGAAUAUUGAUUCCUAACAGUAUUUCGGUUGCAACAAUUGAAGCAAGUUUAAGGUUAAACGCGGUAGUUCUUUCUCCUACUUUAAUGAGGAUAUCCUUGUAUUCUACACGUGAUUCUAUCAGGAGAAUCUUUUCUAGCCUUGAUUUGCCGAUUUUACUUGGAAGUUCCGAAAUAUUCGAUAUGAAUACGCUUUGCAGCAACUUGACUGACUUGUCAAUGUCAUUUCCAACCAUUAACAGAUGGUUGUUGCAUGGAAACAAUGGUGAAUUCGCAUGGUUGAACACAACUGAUGUUUCAUUGCUUGAAAAUCUCAGAGAAAGCAAAAUAAUGGAAUCAGAUAACCAGAAAGAAAUCAUCCAUUUCAGAGAAAUCCUCUUCCAAUACUACUUUAAUAACUUGAUGAAGUUAUUACAGCACACAGGAUCAUCAGAACUGCAACCAUUCAUGAGGAAGAUGUAUGAGCAGGGCUUUUUGGUUGAAUCUGCCCCAUGGAUGGUCAGAUGUUCUCCAGAAGUUUCAUUUGUAUUGACUUCCAACGAAGAAAUGAAGAUCACUGGUACUUGGGAGCGUCUUUUCAUCAGUGCUUAUGAGCCAUUUGCCAUCAUUGUUCCUGCAUUUAUCGCUCCUACAAAUGAGAUCAGAACUAAAACACAGAAAAUCGCAAAUGAUUGCAUGAACAAGCAUUUAUUUGGCCAUAACAUUGUCACUUAUUAUUACUCCAUCGAAGAAAAACAAGAUAAUAGUUUUGAGACGAAAUUAACUCUAUUUUCUGAUAAUCUUCGCUUAGGAGUUUAUGCAGAAACAUUACCAUUGCAUGCUGUAGAGAUGUUUGCAGGUACUAGCUUCGAUCAAACAACACUUUCUUUAGGCGAAAACAUGUUUGUUUAUGUUCAAGACAAUUUAAUGAUGCCAUGGCCGGUUGAAGUCGAUGCUAUUGAGCUAAAGAUGCAAUCAUUUGAUAUUCCAAUUAACAAGAAAGUCUUUGUUCUUCCUUCUUUGUAUGAUAAAUCAAAGAUAGGUCUUGUUAUCAAAGAACAAACUAUUGAUUCAUUGAUCAGUUUGUGUUUGAGAACGAUGAAGUUUUUGGCCGAAGAUUUUUAUGAAAGAAAAGUUGGAGCACAAACAGCAUUAGCAGAGUAUGUUCGUGCUAUUUCAAACUUGAAGUCUCAAUUAACAAUUAACAAAGAAUUGACUUCUACUUUCAUAAACACUAAAGUCCAAUAUGGCCUUGAAUCAAGUAAAUCUCAAUUUGUCUUUGGAGACGAGAAUGAUCCAGACUCGCUCAAGUCAAUUGAAAGGAUUCUGACUGAAGACGAAAAGAACAAUCCAAUUCAGAUGGACAGAACAGCGACAUUUGAUAAGAUAUCUGUAGAUUCAAAUGAACAUAUAUCACCUUUAACAUCUCCUUUAUCAGUAAUGACUCAGAAGUUCCUAGAAAAAUAA